AUGGGUAUUACCGGUUUAGCGAAACUUAUAGCAGACUUUGCUCCAAAUGCCAUUAAAGAGAAUGAAAUUAAAAAUCAUUUUGGCCGGAAAAUUGCGAUUGACGCUUCUAUGAGUCUUUAUCAGUUUUUGAUCGCUGUCCGCAGUGAGGGAGCACAACUGACAAGCUCCGAUGGUGAAACUACUAGUCAUAUUAUGGGUACAUUCUAUCGUACAAUAAGACUUUUGGAAAAUGGUAUUAAACCAGUAUAUGUAUUUGAUGGUAAACCUCCUCAAAUGAAAUCAUCAGAAUUAGAAAAACGAGCUGAUAGGAGGCAAGAAGCACAAAAAUCAUUAGAAAAAGCAGAAGAAGCCGGUGAUGCUACCGGAAUCGACAAAUUCAGUAAACGAUUGGUAAAAGUAACAUCAACUCAUACGACUGAAUGCAAAGAAUUACUAAAACUAAUGGGAGUUCCUUAUGUAGAAGCUCCAUGUGAAGCUGAAGCCCAAUGUGCUGCUAUGGUAAAAGCUGGUAAAGUGUACGCCACGGCUACUGAGGAUAUGGACGCUUUAACAUUUGGUUCUCCUGUGUUAUUACGUCAUAUGACGUUCAGCGAAGCCAGGAAAAUGCCAAUUCAAGAGUUUCAAUUAGAUUCAGUAUUGGAAACAAUGGAAAUGUCUAGAGAUGAAUUCAUAGAUCUGUGUAUACUGUUAGGAUGUGAUUACUGUAACAGUAUUAAAGGGGUUGGACCAAAACGAGCUAUUGAGCUAAUGCGACAAUACAAAUCAUUAGAAAACAUAAUUGAAAAUUUAGAUACCAAAAAAUACCAAGUACCUGAAGAUUGGCCAUAUAAGGAAGCUCGACGAUUAUUCAUUGAACCAGAAAUAACAGAUCCUGAAACUAUAGAUUUGAAAUGGAUAGAUCCAGAUGAAGAAGGCUUGGUAAAAUUUUUAUGUGGUAAUAGAGGAUUCAAUGAAGAUAGAGUAAGGAAUGGAGCUAAGAAGUUACUCAAAGCACGAUCUGGUACAACUCAGGGCAGGUUGGAUUCAUUUUUUUCAUUCUCUUCAACACCAAAUAAGCGUAAAGCUGAUGAAGCGAAAGCAGCAGCAGAAGCCAGCAAGAAAGCAAAGAAGGGAAAUUACAGCAAACGGGGUAGAGCAAAAUAA